AUAUAUUGCUGAAUGUGAACCUUGUUGUUUUUCAGCUCAAUUCUCCGAUGAAUCCUGUCAGCAGCUCGGAAGAUAUUAAACCUCCGCUUGGAUUGAAUGGGGUGAUGAAAGUACCAGCCCAUCCUUCAAUGUCCCCGCUGUCUCUCACCAAACACAUCUGUGCCAUCUGCGGGGACAGGUCCUCAGGUAAACAUUAUGGAGUCUACAGCUGCGAAGGAUGCAAGGGCUUCUUCAAGAGGACGGUGAGGAAGGACCUGACCUACACCUGCAGAGACAGCAAGGACUGCAUGAUCGACAAGCGACAGCGCAACCGGUGCCAGUACUGCCGCUACCAGAAGUGUCUCGCCAUGGGCAUGAAGAGAGAAGUUUUGUUAAAUGCAGCCGUCCAAGAGGAGAGACAGAGGGGGAAAGACCGAAAUGAGAACGAGGUGGAGUCGACGAGCAGCGCCAACGAGGACAUGCCUGUGGAGAAAAUCCUGGAGGCUGAACUCGCUGUGGAGCCAAAGACAGAGACAUACAUUGAGACAAAUCUGGGGAUACCCUCAAACUCGCCAAACGAUCCCGUCACCAACAUAUGCCAAGCGGCAGACAAGCAGCUCUUCACGCUUGUGGAAUGGGCAAAGAGAAUCCCACACUUCUCAGAGCUGCCCCUCGAUGACCAGGUCAUCCUUCUAAGAGCCGGGUGGAAUGAGCUUCUCAUUGCCUCAUUCUCACACCGCUCGAUAACGGUAAAGGACGGGAUUCUCCUGGCUACCGGGCUGCACGUUCAUCGCAAUAGUGCACAUAGUGCCGGAGUGGGAGCCAUUUUUGACAGGUACUGUUGCACUCCGUGAUGACAGCUCAUACUU